CUCGCAUGAAGUCUGAAACCUCAUCUCUCUCUCCUGUGAUAGAAGAUGAAUUCUCACGUCAUCACUCCGGGACCGUACCGAGCCACCAAACUGUGGAAUGAAGUCACCCGCCUCUUUCGGUCUGGCAUGCCCCUCAAGAAGCAUCGCCAGAACUUCCGGCACCACGCCUCCUGCUUCACCGCCUCCGCCGCCGUGGACUGGCUGCACCAGCUGCUCCGUAGCAACAGCAACUUUGGCCCGGACGUCACCCGGCAACAGACGGUGCAGCUGCUGAAGAAGUUUCUGAAGAACCACGUGAUCGAGGACGUGAAGGGUCGCUGGGGCACCGAGGAGCUGGAGGACAGCAACUCGCUGUACAGAUUCCCCUCCACCUCUCCUCUAAAGCCGAUUCCCCGCCCGGCUCCAACUUCAAGCUCCAUCAGGAAAAGACCUUCACUCAGGGACAAGGACGGCUUCUUCAGGUUCAGGAGUUUAAAGAAGCAGGAGAAGGAGACACAAGAAAAUGUGGAUCCUGCUCUCCAGACAGGGGAGGAGAAUCAUCCAGACCUGCAACUGCCUAGACGAGAGCUGACAGUGGAGGACGAACAGGAUAUCUGGAGAGACAUCACUCUAACCCACCUGCAGAGGAUUCUGGGACUCGCGUCUCUUGAGGAGGUUUUAAACCAGCGCUCUAUAAACCCACACAACAUCAUCCACAACAUGACCAAAGUCAACAAGCACGAAGUCGUCACGCUGGACGACAAGACGGAUGACCUUCCACACUGGGUCUUGUCGGCCAUGAAGAGCUUGGCAAACUGGCCAAAGUACGACAGCGCCCAGCCGUCCUAUCCCGGCUUCGAGAGGGACGUCUUCAAAACCGUGUCCGAUUACUUCUACAGCCUCUCGCAGCCGCUGCUCACGUACGAACUGUACGAACUGUUCAUCAACGUCCUGGUGUUGUGUGGCUACGUCGCAGCGCCCCCUACGUACCAACGCGGGAAACGCAAGAAGUCCGACCUCCCUUCGGUACCGCCUCCAGCCAAGGCGUCGUUCCGCUCCACCGAGUGUCUCCUCCUGUCUCUGCUCCGACAGCGCACGUGUGACGAGGGCGACGAGUCGCCCAUGACGGACGUGCUCGGCGGGAAGCUUCAGUCGCGGAUGGCGGCGCUGAAGGGCGGCGGCGGCGGCGCGGGCGAGCCCCAGUUUGGCGGCAGCUGCAUGAGCCUGAGUACGUUUGUUUCCACGAGACCUCGAACCAGGAGCGGCUCGCUGGAAACCAUCCUCAGCGACUCCGCCUCUCUCACCCGGCAGCAGCUGUUCCUGUCCAAUGAGAGCCUGGCGUCCUGCAGCCGCAGCAGGAGCCACAGUGACAGCUCCGCCCUCACAUCGCCCCAGAGCGACUCUACACCCGUAACCAAAGCAACGCCUGUCGCACGUGAACCUGCUGCAGGAGUCAGAGCCGGGACCAGACUGUCGGUCGCUCAGAGGCUGAACCCCCUGCGGCCGCGCAGCAUGGGCAGCUGUCUGGACAUCGUCAUAGAAACCAGGGAGGAGGAGGAGAAAGAGACCAAGUGGUCGGGCCGAGCCGCCAGCUGCCUCAACGUAAACGCUCCGACCGACCAGCAGCACUUCACCGCAGCUUCACGCCCUUCCUCAUCCUCCUAUCACCCCUCCUCAUCCUCCUAUCAUCCCUCCUUAUCCUCCUUACAUCCUUCCUCCUCUUCUUUCGAUCCUUUCUCCUCCCUCUCUUCAACUGCCGUGGCCCGAGCACAAGAGGCUCACGCUGCUGCAGGACCCGGGGGUCCCAGACCGGGGGGGCCCAGACCCGCCUCCAGUACCUCUAACCUCUGGAAGCCUCCGGCCCCGGCUCUUGUCCGGCGCUGCCUCAGCUCUGUGGACGUGUCCAAGCCGCCUCGACCUGUCUCACUGUUCAAACGUCCUGUCUGUGUGCCCUCCGCCAGCAGCUCGCACCCCCCGCAACCCAAACCCGAGCACAGCCUCCUCCAGUCUCACUGUGAGCGCGUGGCCAUCGAGGCCCUGCAGCUCUGCACCCUCCUCCUCCCCCCCACCUCCCGCAGGAAGCUGCAGCUCCUCAUGAGGAUGAUGUCGCGCAUCAGCCAGAACGUGGACAUGCCACGCCUCCACCCGGCCAUCGGCACCCGGACGCUGAUGGUUCACACGUUCUCCGGCUGUGUGCUGGGCAGCGCUGAGGAGUGUGAUCUGGACGAGCUGUUGGCCACCAGACUGGUUUCGUUUCUGAUGGACCACCAGCAGAGCAUCCUGUCUGUGCCCGACUACCUGCUCGGUGCCAUCAGUGACCACGUGCAGUACCUCCGCACGGCACAGGUCCCCAUCGACACUGGCUUCAAUGUGGACAGCAGCGAUGUGGUCAGCAUCCCGGUGCCCGUGUUCGCGUUCUGCCGUCAGAUCAGCGGAGCGGAGUUUGAGCAGCAGAAGCAGGCGUCGUCCCGGAAGGCCAUGGAGGAUCUCCUGGAGAUCCUGCUGACGGACCAGAACAUCAGUGAGAAGGACAGACGCAAGAAACUGAAGCAGUUCCAGAAGCAGUACCCAGACAUCUACAGCCAGCGGUGCCCCCCCUCCGGCCGCGAGAACAAGAGCGACAACAAGCCAAAGAUUAAACCCGCCCUGCUCAACAUCAAGAAAACCAAAGCUUUCAGCAUCAGGAACUAAACUUUACCAGGAGUCAACAGCGUGGAAAGCUACAGUCAACGAGACGGUUGAGCAGCACGAGAACUGAA